CUGGCUAACUGGCCGGAAGUUGAUGCCAAACCCACGGCUGUGUCGGCCACCUCCCCGCCGGAUGCCGUCAAGCCCUCCCAACGCAUCUGGGUGUUAGAGCAACAACGUAGAAACAACAACAACAACACCAACGCCGACAGUCGGGUCACCACACAGGAGGCGGAGGAAGAUAGCAGGGACCCUGAAUUGCUCCCCACUGUCAACGGGACACCCGACGUACAGGUCACCCCCAAACAGCAACUCCUCUCAACUGCUUCGCCCGCCCCUGACAGUAUCACCACACUGGACUCAUUCUGUGUUGGCUCUUUCACCAUGUCCACACCUCAAACUGCAGAUGAACCCUAUUCACUCACCGACGAGGAGGAUCGCGUUCUGUUGGAGGUGGACACUAUCCGACCGGACGUCUUCUGUCUGCGAAAUGCUCCUCCCAGCGAGGCUGCUGCCAGCCGACUGAGAACUGAACUCAUAAGGCAAGUUCUUUUCUGCCGGUUUGGGACCGUCUUGUUCUGCUAUAACCUUUGUAUUUCAAGGUAG